UUUUAUGGUUUUAUUCCCCUUGAUGGUGGGAUGAACGCCGCCAAGACAAACAAAUGCGAGCGAUUCCGGCCAGCCGGUUGGUUUGGUUCCUGGUAAGCCUUGGCGUGGGGACUUUUUUGGCGCCUUGCCGUUUUGUGUUCUUGUCCGUUUGGGGAAAGUCAAUUCAACCUCAGGGCUUCUUUUCAUCUUGGUGUUUUGAACGACAGCUGCCAGUAAAUCAUUUCAGGAACGCAAACCUGCUUUUCCUCCCGUCAUCUUGUCUCUAACACCAUUCUUUUGAAACUUGCAAGCCGUCCCGAGACUAUAUUUCUCCAACACCAAUGAUCCUAGUCUACUUUGCGUCUACGGAAUUGGGCGUGAGAGUGAGUCUUGAAUGGUAAACUCUGCUCAUCCAAAUCAGAUCAUCGCGCGUUCAGGUAGUGCUGAGAACAGACUAAAAAUUACAAAU